AUGAGCCUUAUUGCAACGUGUACCGUCUGCCAAAGUAAUCUAUCGUGUGAUCGUUCAAACACCGCCAUAUUGAUACAACACCUUCAAAGUAUGCACCGUUCCGAGGCAACAAUUGUGGAGCUGGCCGAAAAAUCUACCCAAACAACGCCUUCGGAUUUGAAGCCAAGUAGAAACUCGCGAUCCACAGCGGCGAAAAAGACGAGCUCUGUCAAACGGAAACAUUCUUCUAAUUCUUCCGGAAGGAAGCCAACGGUCAGCAGAGCAGAAAUUAGCUACAAAACUACAGUUGCUGAAUGGCGCCCGGCAGAGCUCAGGGUAAAAUGUCCCCAGUGCGGCGGACGGUAUUUUCCGACCGUUCGUUUUGUUACCAGCCGUAUUUCAAGGAGUGCUAUUGGCGCCUACUGUUUGUUAUGCUGUUGGCCAUUAUGCUUUCUGUCGUGCAUUUUCAACAGACCCACUAAACAGCAUCUCCAUUGCUCGAACUGCAAUGCAUUUCUCGGAUUGUACGAGGAUUACAUGGGUAAAAAGUCCCGUUCGAAAUCUCGAGGACGAAGCACGGCAGAAGCGAAUCGGUUCCAUCAACCGAUUCAACCGUAA